AUGGAGAACACAGCUGUGCGGCCUUCGGUGUUCGUGGUGGACGGACAGACGGACAUCCCAUUCAGGAGGCUGGGGCGUGGCUGCCAGAGACAGGCCUUCAGCGCUGCCAGGCUGGGCCUGGGCCUCCUCCUGCUGCUGCUGGGCACCGGGCUGGCCGUGCAGGGCUGGUUCCUGCUGCAGCUGCACCGGCGGCUGGAGGAGAUGGGCGCCCGCCUGCCUGUCGGGGACGCAGGUUCCUGGGAGCAGCUGGUUCAAGGUGAGUCCCCUCAACCUUGGAGUCCAGCNGCACACCUCACAGGGGCCAAUGCUAGUCUGAUGGGCAAAGGGGGCCUACUGCUGUGGGAGACACAGCUAGGCCUGGCCUUCCUGAGGGGCCUUGACUACCGCAAUGGGGCCCUGGUGAUGUCCCAGGCUGGCUACUAUUACAUCUAUUCCAAGAUGCAGCUGGGUGGCGUGGGCUGCCCACGGGGGCUGGCCAGCAGCCUGCCUAUCACCCAUGGCCUCUACAAGCUCACACCCUGCUACCCCAAAGAGUUGGAGCUCUUGGUCAGCUGGCGGUCACCCGUGUGUGGUCAGUGGUCAGUCAACCCCCACGUUUGGUGGGACAGCAGCUUCAUGGCUGGCAUGGUGCACCUGGAGGCCGGGGAAGAAGUAGUCGUCCGUGUGCUCUACGAGCAUGUGGUCAGACUCCAGGACAGAACGUGGUCCUACUUUGGCACGUUCAUGGUUGAUGGUGAAUUGAAUGGGGAUCUGGCAGGCAGAGAUCUCAGAGGGUGCCUCAGGAGACAGAGAACCUAG